AUGUAUCACACGCUAAGACCGGGCGACGGGCGAGACUUGUAUGACGACCAGAUCACACGCUCCAUACCGCCGCCACCCAUUUCGCCCGUAGAACCAGACGAAAAUACACUCCUCCUGAAGGGAAUAAGGCCAACCAGGAGAUUGGUUUCCGAAUGGACCCGUAAUAGUUGGAGACGUGCACUGGUGUUGAACGUGUUCCCCGUCGCAGUGGUUCUGACUUGGUGCGCUGUACCCUUUCCCACAUACGAUCCCAAUGAAUCACCCCUCGAUGGCAUAAAAUCGAUGAUGGGUCUGACGGGCUCUGCGGAUUUGAACGAUACAGAUGCGCACUAUCAGUCGAGUGAGAGCGAAAAGCCUGUGGAAAUUAAUUUUUGGUUUUUUUUAUUUUUCUACUAUGGAUUUUAUAAUGCCGUAGCACUACUGAUGAUCACAAAAAUAUUUGACUUGUACUAUUUGAAUUGGUGGCCAGUGUGGUUGGGUGGAGGUUUCGCGUACUGUACGUUUUGGCUUUCGUCGCUCUUGCUUGGGGUGCUCAUCUACCUCUACACCGGUUUGGAAAAGUAUAAUUUGACGUGGGUCCUGCUCACGUUUGUCACGAUGAAUAUGCCACUUUUGGUAGCCUUCAUUGUCAUUCGUUUACAGAACAGGAACACCUAUCGGCGUUCGCUGACACCAGCUCAAAAAAUAUUUCUCGAAAAUGAACUAAGAUAUCGCGUACCCUCUUCUUACGUUCGAUUUUUGUGGUUUUGCGUCUCCAUAUCAAUUGUAAUUGGCGCAUUCAUUGCUGGCGAGGCCUACGCGUAUGUGUUCGUGACGACACCUCAGGCACACACGGGAAUAGACGCAUUCGUCUACGUAUAUUCCUGGCUCGCAACAAUCUACAUUCUCGACACGGUCACCGAAUACAUUAUCGAAACGCGAGUCAAAUCUUAUCCCCUUCAAUUCACAUUCAAACUUUACUUUUUCAUGAUCUACUUUAUUUUCUAUCGUAACCUUUUCGCCCGGCUUCGCAAUCGGAAGCAAUACAUCUUAAUCCAAGCCGCUAGCUCCCUGUGGGUAUGCAUAUUUUAUCCAAUUUGCAUGACGCGCAGGAUGCACAAGUUUCUGGUUUACUAUGUCGGUGUGCGCAAGGACUAUGAACAAUAUAAAAAACAAUGUGGAAGAUCAUUCUUCAUCAGGAAUUUGGCGGAAAAUGCGACAAUGCUGGGAUUCAUUUGUUGGAUAUGUAUAAUACAUUACGGUCCAAAUUUCGAAGUAUACCCCUACUUCAAGUUCAACGAGGUGGGAAAUGAGUUCAACUUUGACCUGACCUUGAAGGCGAGUUGCGUCAUUUGGGCAUUCGAACUUGCUAGCAACACAAUCACGCGGUUCAUAUACCGAAGAGUGUUCAAACAUGAUAUUUCGAGGGAGGCGGUCAAGGAUUUUGAGGCUUUCCCUGAAAUGGUGGUGGCGUUGAUUGUGAUAAUCAUACAUGUACUUCAGGAUAUGUUGAUGGCACUUCUCAGCUUACACUUCAAAGGUGAUCAUGUCGUGAAGCACGGGCUGGACCAUAAGUAA